AAACAAAAUAAAUAGUGACAAGGACUGUGGAACUCCUGUGCAGCUCCCUCAGAAGGACAAAAAAAAGAGAGGAUAUUGUGAAUGUUGCGGGGAGAAAUAUGAAGAUCUGCAAACUCAUCUUGAAAGUGAACAGCACCAAAAUUUUGCAAAAAGCACACAGUAUCAAGUUGUUGAUGAUAUAAUAUCAAAGUUUGUUUAUGAGUUUGUCGAAUACAAAGAUGAUGCAAAAAAAGUAAAAAGGACAAAAUGUAGUACAGGAUAUUUUUCUCCUAUUAUUGGAAAGAUAACUAGACCAGAUGAGCUGAAAGAACGACUGAAAAAGCAACGCGUUUCACUGAAAAGUUACUCGUGGAAGGAUACGGCAAUGCGGGCACUCAAACUGGAUCGCCAGCCUGCAGAAGUACAACCAAAUUCUAUGCCAAUACCUACCCCUAUCUCUGAAUCUGCCUGUUCAGUUCUUUAUUGUCACCUAUCACAACCUUCAGAACUAAAAAGUAAGUUCAGAAAUAAUGAUGAAAAUGUUAAAACUGACUGCUCCUAUGCUGCAAACUUAAGAGCGACUGUUGUAUCAUCAAAUUUCAUACAACCACCCCCUCAGAAAGGUGACAAAGCAUACAGGGAGAACUUGUCUCGAGCUUAUGAGCAGUUCAGUAAAGAAAUACUGGAACCAGAAGUAAAUAAAAAGAAUUUACAGUAUUUUCAGGAAGGCAUGUGUACUUUAUAUUCUCAUACUCAAGUUACAGAUUUUAGUGAAAAAGACAAAAACUUACCACAGCCAAAACGAAAAUUAAAUAACACAGUAGUUCUACCAGCAAAGUGUUUGAAAAAAACAGAUGCCAAUCCUACAUUUGUCAAGAAACAUCGUGAUUUAUGUGAUAAUCAUCAACAGAUGCAGCACAAUGUAGUUCUGGGGGCUGAGGUAUCUAAUACUGCUAUAAACAAAGAACUUAAUGAAUUGACUGCCAGCACUGCACACAGUUCGCCAUCUGGAAAGCUGCACAGAAAAGUGAAGGUUUACUUGGGAAGAAAUAAAAGAGAAACCCGGAAACAAAAUAUGGAGUUAUGCGUAAAGUAUACAGAUGGACUGUCUGUUCCUGAAGAGAAGAGAAGUUCUUGUAGCUCACCAGUGCAGGCCCUACUGGAAUUAUUUCAGACAAGUGAAAGAAACUCAGAAUUUGGAGGUUUUUCAGGUUACACAGAGGACAAAGGUUCAACUAGCAUGAAAGAUACAUGGGAAGGGCAGAAUACAAAUGUUAUGUGGUCAUUAUUUUCCUCUUCAUCCUCGUCCCCAUUUGUUGGAUUUUAA